UUUGAGGGUAAAAAAUUUCAUAAAAAAGCCAGUAAACUUUUGCUAAGUCAUCAAAUCACGCGCUAAAUUCCUUGCUGACGAAGAAACCCGCGCAGGCCAAACUUUUUCCUUUGCCGCAAAAGCCUCGCUUAUUUAUAGUUUCGACUUCUUCUCCACCAAAUAAAAUCGCCACUCCACUUCUUCCGCCAUAGUCUCUCAUCUACUCACUGUCUUUUAAGAAAUCGUAACACGAAAAUGUUCUCCUUCAAAGAAAUGCCGUCAUCAGCGUCGGCGCUUUUCUCGGCGUACGCGUCGGUGGCGGCGUCAACGAUGCUGGUCCGUUCCAUAUCGAACGAGCUCAUCCCCCAGGAGCUCCGCUCCUACCUCUCCUCCGCCAUCCGCCACCUUUUCACUCCUCUCUCCUCCUCCGAUCUCACCCUCGUCGUCGACGAAUUCUCCGGCAUGACCCGCAACCAGAUCUUCGACGCCGCCGACCUCUACCUCCGCACCAAGCUCCCCCCUUCCACCUCCCGCCUCCGCGUCUCCAAGCUCCCUCGCCAGAAAUCCAUCGCCGUCGCCAUCGACAAGGGAGAGCUAGUACUCGACGAGUUCGAAACAUUCCGUCUCAAAUGGCGCCUCGUCCACACCGAGCCGAAGAACAACCACUCCGGCGAGAAGCGGCACUUUGAGCUCACCUUCAACAAGAAGUUCAAGGACAGGGUUUUGGAGUCGUACUUGCCCUACGUCCUCUUCCGAGCGAAUUUGAUCAAACAAGAGGAUAGGGUCAUCAAGCUCUAUAAUCGGGAGUGUCCGUACGAUGAAACAGAGGACGGCGGCGGAAGAGGCUGCGGGGGAAUUUGGGGAUCGAUCAAUCUGGAACAUCCGGCGACGUUCGAAACCCUAGCGAUGGAGCCGGAGAUGAAGAGAGCGAUAAUUGAGGAUCUGGAUCGGUUCAUAAGGAGGAAGGAUUUCUACAAGAAGGUCGGGAAGGCGUGGAAGAGAGGCUACUUGCUUUACGGCCCGCCUGGGACGGGGAAAUCGAGCUUGAUCGCCGCCAUGGCUAAUUACCUCAAGUUCGAUGUUUAUGAUUUGGACUUGACGAGUAUAUACUCCAACUCGGAGCUGAGGAGGACAUUGUUGUCGACUUCGAAUCGGUCCAUUUUAGUGAUUGAGGAUAUUGAUUGCAGUGUUGAUUUGCAGAACAGGCAAUAUGAUGACGGAUUUGAAGCUUCUAACACCAAGUUGACACUCUCGGGCCUAUUGAACUUCAUUGAUGGUUUAUGGUCUAGCUGCGGCGACGAGCGAAUUAUUGUGUUCACCACAAACCACAAGGAUCGUCUUGACCCUGCAUUGUUGCGUCCCGGUCGAAUGGACAUGCACAUCAACAUGUCGUAUUGCACCACAAAUGGGUUCAAAACCUUGGCCUCUAAUUACCUCGGUAUUCGUGGCAACGACCACGAUCUUUGUGGAGAGAUUGAAGGCUUAAUAGACAGCACGGAGGUGACUCCGGCGGAGGUGGCUGAGGAGCUAAUGAAGAGUGACAAAGCCGAUGUUGCUCUUGAAGGACUUGUCAAUUUCCUCAAACGGAAGAAGGCUGAGAGCCUUGAGAGAAAGGAAGAAGUUAAGAAUAAUAAUGGUGAAGGUCAAGAACAAGAGCAAGAACAAGCACAGGAACAAGAAGCAAUUGACCUUCCGAAAUUAAAGCGAGUAAAACUAAAUCAUAUGAUUGCAAUGAAACUUGCUAGAAACAGUAGGACAAGAGUUUCAAGAGGAAGAUUGAGGCGACGAUUUUAGGCAAAUAAGUUGUGUUUAUUGGUAGAUCAAUAAAGACUUUCUGCAGAACGUAUUAAUUUAUGUAUCUAUUGCCUCGGAUUGGAGACUCGUCAACAUUAUGUACUCUGGUAAGCUUUUUUUUUUUUUU